UCGAUGGCAAGUACAAUGAACAAGGCAACUGACCAGGACAAAUUAGCUGCUUUCCAGAAUUAUGAUGCUUGGGUCUUUGACUUAGAUGGCACUAUUUGGAAGGGCUCGGGGCUGAUACCAGGAGCGAAGGAGUUUAUUGAACUUCUAAGAUCGUAUCAAAAGAAGGUAUUCUUCGUGACAAAUAACGCCACCAAGUCCCGCGCAUCCAACGCAUCCAAGCUUUCAGCUCUGGGGAUUACGGCGACAACGGCCGAGGUGUACACGAGCUCAUUUGCGGCGGCAACUUACCUCAAAACCAUUGGCUUCAGUAAAAAGGCUUACGUGGUGGGGGAGCAGGGUCUGGUGGAUGAGCUGUCCAAGGCGGGCAUCACCUGCGUGGGGGGACCAGAGCAUGCGGGCAAGGAGAUUGACUGGAGCAACCCGGAGCCGCACAUGGAGGUAGACCCCGAGGUGGGCGCCGUGGUCGUGGGCUUAGACCGUUACAUCAACUACUACAAGCUACAGUACGCCACCACCUGCCUCAUUAACGACAACUCCUGCAUGUUCAUCGCGUGCAAUACGGACUCCCGGGGUCACUUCAGUUCGUCUCAAGAGUGGGCGGGGGCGGGCACCAUGGUGGCGGCCAUCAUCGGGUCCAGCGAGCGGGAGCCCAUGCUGCUCGGCAAACCCGCUUCCUUCAUCCUGGACCACAUGUGCGCAACGCACCAAGUCCCCCGGGAGAAGUGCAUCGUGAUAGGCGAUCGCCUGGACACGGACAUCCUGUGGGGCAACCAGAACCGAGUGGCCACAUGUUGCGUGCUGUCAGGAGUGACAAGCGAGGCACAGCUGUUAAGUCCUGAGAACAAAGUGCUGCCAAAGCUGUACGUUGACUCGCUGGCGGACUUCUUGACAGUGAAACCCUGGCUACCAUCCAGCUGCCUCAUUAUGUAAAUUUGAAUGGCGUAUUUUAAUGUGUGACACUUUGAGAUGAUGUGUAAGGUGCGUAAGACGUGGGCGCUGAAGAGACUCUGAAGUAGAUCGCAGUACAUCGCAGCAUGGAUGAAGUUUGCGUGGUUGAGCGGAGGUUACGAAGGCGCUGGGGCAUUGGCGGCU